AAUCGUGCCCACGUAACUCGCUGAACCAAACGAGUCCGGUUCGCGAAUCUCGAGUUCGAUAAAACCACCGGCUCCGGGAGCCCUAAAGCGACGGGCAGGAGCGAAGGCGAAGAGAUCUGCAGAAGAAGAAGAUGGUUCGAGUGGCGACCUUCUUCGCUAUGUCCUUCGGUGCUUUCGUCUUCUGGCAAUCCAUGGAGAAAGUUCACGUCUGGUUCGCUCUCCGCCAAGACGAGAAGCAAGAAAGAUUGGAUAAGGAAAUGGAGAUCAAGCGACUCAGAGAAGAGUUCCUCGCUCAAGUCAGAGAGAGAAACUCACAUGCAUAAUCUUUGCUAUCCACAUUAUUGGAUUUGGAUGUAUCAAUCAUCUACUAAUUUCAAUUCCUCAAGGCUGAGGUAUUUGUUGAAAAACACAUCAUGUUAUUUAUGCCAAUUGCCAAUAAUGAACUAAGUGGCGGUGUUUAGACAGACACUGUCAUGGAUAAUUGUGCCUUCUGUUUAGUUUGAAGCAAGUUAAUACAUUGCAGCAUGUUAAACAUUGUUUCGAAGUAUACGGACAACUUCUCUUGUUAA